AUGCAAGGGGACAUGCUAAGAUACUAUUCUAGAAAUCAAAUUUUCUUGUCGCAGAUGGGUAUUUGGCCUUAUCAGUCUAUGGUGAUAAAGAUACUGCUACCGUCUUUUUUAGUAGCUACCGAGGUAUCUACUUUUAUAACACAGGUAUACAUUAAUAUAUUCAUAGUAAUGUUUAUGACAAUACCGUUAAUGCCAAAAAUUCUAGAUAUCAUAAUACCAUUAAAUGAAUCACGGCCAGUUAUAUAUGUGAUUGAAGGAGAUUGGAAAGUAGAUAAAGAGAAAUAUUAUUAUCCAAUCUUAUUGCAUUGCUAUCUUACAGUUGUAGUUACUAUUAGAAUUAUGGUACAUGUUGAUACUAUGUAUAUGGUAUGUGUGUUACAUGGCUGUAGUUUAUUUAACGCUAUUGGCAUCCGACUUGAAAAUAUUUUUGACAAAACUAAAUUUAUGAAAGGCGAGACAGUAAUGAAUAAAGAAUUUCUAUUAAGAGAAGAACAUGAAGAUUAUUGCGAGAUGAUUGCAUGCUUGAAAAAACAUCAACUUGCAAUAAAAUACACUCGUAUACUAGACUCUACGUUUAGAAGUGCGACUUUUCUCAUUUUGUUUUUGAAUGUAUUGAUUUUGAGUCUAAUUGGAUUACAACUUAUUAACAAAUUAGGACAAACUCAAGAAGUGAUAAGAUUUGGAUGCAUAGCUGUAGGAUCGAUCACUCAUCUAUUAAGCAUAUGUUUUCCUGGACAAUUACUUCUGGACAGAAGUAUAGACGUGUUUAAUAAAGCGCAAGUGAUGCAGACAGCCAUGUCAUAUUUCACAACCUUUUUAUCAGUCAACUAG